ACUUAAGCUUAGGCCAUCCAACUGUCAACAGCGAAAAUAGUACCCGCGCGACCGCGAAGGUUUGGGAAAGCCCCUCUGGUUCGAGGUUCUUCCUAGUAGUCGUGCGUCUUCGCGCCAACUUUUCGGAGCCGUCUGAUUCGGACGUUUCGCGCAUUCUCGUGCGGUGGAGAGGGUGGGGGAGACCGUGGCGAAGAAGGAGUGUGGUGGUGGUGGGAGUGAGUGAAACAGAACGCAUCUGGGGGGACACGACGGCUCGAGAAAGUGGGCAGUCGGCGGGUGCGAGAGCGAGAGCGACCGAAUCUGACGUUUGGCGGCUGCAAAGAAGAAGUUGUUAAUAUAUAACAAGUUGCAUCAUAGUCUUAAGACUUCAGUCUUAAGAAAGUGAACCGCCAAUAAACAUCUUUCGCAAAAAGUGGACCCAUCGCGACCGUUGAGACAACCACCGGAGGAUUCUACGCGCGAAUAGUUGUGACGUUCUUUUUUUGUGUUUCGGGUAAUCCGUGAGCGGGUCAAGGAUUUUUCCGGGAUUCCGGGGAUCGUUACCAGGACGCACCACAUUCCGAAGGAUUACGAUGGAUUAUUUCUACUUUUGGAUUUACAACAAGAAAACGUGAAAAUGUGGAAUUUCUGAAGAGCUUAGUGCAAUGGAAGGUAGUGCAUGAGAUGGACUUUGGUUGUAGUUUGGAGCAAAAUUGAAGGACUGAGCAAAAAGGACUGAAGCAAACGAGUGGUGCAAUAGAACAAGAACAUAGUGCAAUUUAACAAUUCCUGAAAGUUUGUGUGCAAUCAUAAAAGUUUUACGGAUUUUAAAGGCGCAAUAGUUGGCAGCGGAAAGUGAAGGAAAAAUAUGGAAUCGCCGCAGAUGUACGAUACGAAUCAAAUUCAAGUGCGCAGUGAUAUUAAGAAACUUACGAUGGCAGCAAACAAUAUCAACGUGAACAACAACAAUGCAGCAACACCAAAUAACAACAACAAUUCGCCGACGGCGGUCAACCAAAACACGUUGGCCCUGAAGCAGCAACAGCAGCAGCAGCAGGUCCAGCUGAACCAGCUCGCCGGGACGAACGGGAACAUCCUGACCAACGGGAACCUCCUGUCGAAGCAGAUGCUGCAGCAAAUUCAGUACUCGCAGAGCGAGCUGGACGAGUUGACGUCGCAGGAAAUCUCGCUGGACCUCCAGCAUCUGAUCGAUGAUCAGUUCCGCGAUCCGGAGGCCCUCGGGAUCUUCACCGAGAUGGUUACCGUGGGCAGCACCAACGGUAGCGUCACGAACCCACUGGUUCAGACAGCGGCUGCUAAAGCUCUCCAGCUACAGCAGGCCCGACUGUCGCAGCACACCAACGGCAACAACUACCAACGAUCUCUGGCGUACAUGCCACAGCCGGUGCACACCGGAGCAACCUACGCGAACAACUCGAGCGACGAGAACAGUAGCGUCGGCUCGUCCGAUUCCGCCAACAUCAAGGAAGAACCCGUCGAGCCCAACGACUUCCGUCGCCAGUUGCCCAACAACAACGGAGCCCAGUUCAUGGGCACCACCGCCUACCAACUAACCGGAGGUGGCGGAGGCGGUGGUGGCGCACCCGUCGGAGCCGCCAACUACGUCACAAACGGCAACGGGAACACCUUCUCGAACCUGACCCCGGCGACGGUGCUACACCACCAGGCUCUGCCCCACCUCGCCGGGGCAGCCCACCUGGCCAACCUCACCAAACACGGCAAAAUGCUGAACCACGUGUCCCGAAAGUCCCAGUCCAAGUCCGUCGACAAGGGCACCGACGAGUACCGGAGGAGGCGCGAGCGCAACAACAUCGCCGUCCGCAAGUCCCGGGAAAAGGCCAAAGUGCGAUCGCGCGAGGUCGAGGAAAAGGUUAAAGCCCUGAUCAAGGAAAAGGACAACCUGGUACGGAAGAUCGAGGAGAAAAACAACGAAAUCCAGCUCUACAAGCAGCUCUACAUGCAUCUGAUGAACCAUAGCAACCCGGAGAUCAACCAGAUCUGCCGCAGCGCGCUCAACCUGUCAAACAUGGGUGAUCAUAUGUAGGCUUAGGGAACAUCCAACCAAAACCCUCCUCUCUUCCCCACUUUUCCCCCUUCUUCUAAGAAUUGGUCUGUCUAGCUCGUAGUAAAUUAAACGCAAGAAACGCAUUAUUUAGACAAAACAAAAAUACGCGAACGCGUCGGAAAAAAAACAAACACACACACGAACCCUAACCAUUGUAAAUAAAGUGACCAAUGUUUGGAGCCUAACCUUAGAAAACGGAGCAACCCUAGGAAAAGGAUUUGCGAAUCUAUGAUUUUCGUUUCGUUUUUUUUGUUUGUUUGAUGAACGAUGAACCAAAGACAGUAUGUGUUAACAUGUGUGUGUGCGUGCACGUUUAGUGCUGCGUGAUGAGCCUCGUUGGUCUGUCGGAGUUGUGCAAAGUGACGUAAGUGACUAUUAGAAUAGGCUGAAAAAAAUAGCAACGCUUUCUGCUUACUACUUUCAAAAAAGAUGUUUAUCAUGCGAUUUGUAGCUGGUUUUUAAGUCUGAUCGCUCGAUAUCAAGCCAACAUA